AGCCAAUGAUGAUGUCGGUAAGAGCAUGGGAUGUAAGAAAAGAGACAAAAUUAGCACAAUUUAAGGAAUGAACAAAAUUUUAAUAAAAAAAAAUACAUUACCCAAAAAUUACAUAAUCUUAGUUGAAUCCUAGUUAUAAUCUACAAAAGAGUGUAGGUUUAAUAGUAGUAAUUUUUGAAUUAUAGUUUCCCAUCGCAGGUUUCCCUCCAAUAUCAAAUGCAACCACCGGUGAGAGAAGCAGCGACCCAAAUAAGCAGAGCUUUGAUCUCAGCUUCCUCCAACUCGAAACCGAUCGGAUCAUGGACUCGGUCGCUCGAGCAAACCCUUCACCAACUCGGUUGCCGUGACUCGCUCAACCCAUCACUCGUUGCCCGAGUCAUUGACCCUCAUCUUCUUCGUCAUCCUUCUCUUUCAUUGGGUUUCUUCAACUGGGCUGCUCAACAACCCAAUUUUUCUCACUCCUCCAUUUCUUAUCACUCCAUUCUCAAAUCGCUCUCGAUUUCCCGCCAAUUUAAUUCCUUAGAGAAGGUUCUUAAAGAAGCCAAAUCUCGAAACUUUGCUGUUGAUCCUUCUUUUUAUCGUCCUGUUGUUGCUUCCCUUGUUAAAUCGAAGAAAUCUCAUGAAGGUUUUUUGAUAUUGAAAGAUGUUGAGUCGUCGAUUUUCGAUGUUGGGGCUGAAACUUGUAAUUCUCUGCUUGCUGGGUUGGUUUCCGAAGGGCGGAUUGAUUGUGCACGCAAGCUGUUCGAUGAAAUGCUUGUGAGAGGUGUGAGUUUUAACACUCUUGGAAUUGGUUUGUUUAUGUGGAGGUUUUGUCGGGAUUAUCAAAUGGAUAUAAUUUUAGGUGCGUUGGAUAGAGUUAGAAUUGGUGUUUCGAGGUUUGAUGGGUCGAUAGUUGCCCUUUUGAUCUUACACGGGCUUUGCGAGGUAGGCCGAGUGACCGAGGCUUAUAAUGCAUUAGAGGAGUUGAGGAAUAGAGAUUGUAAGCCUGAUUUUAUGGCUUAUAGGGUUGUAGCGGAGGCUUUUCGGUCUAAGGGACCGGGGUGUAUCUUCGAGGUACAAGCAAUUUUGAAAAAGAAAAGGAAGUUAGGAGUGGCUCCAAGGGCUAGUGAUUAUAGAGAAUUUAUAUUUACCUUGCUUUCAGAAAAUUUGAUUUAUGAAGCUAAAUUGCUGGGGUUAGUGAUUUUGGAAGGGAAUUUUCCUAUUGAAGAUGAUGCUUUGAAUGCUUUGAUUGGAUCGGUAUCAUUGGUCGAUUCAUGUUCAGCUAUGUUGUUCUUCAAGUUCAUGCUCGAAAGAGAAAGAAUGCCGGAUCUUAUUACCUUGAGCAAUUUGAGUAGAAACUUGUACAAACAUGGUAAAAGUGAUGAUAUGUUGGAUGUUUUUAAUGUUUUGUCUUCCAAAGACUAUUUCACAAACUUAGAGAGCUAUUAUGUUAUGGUUUCGUCUAUGUGCGAGGCUGGAAAAGUAAGAGAAGCUUAUGGUGUUCUUCAAGAGAUGAGGAGGAAAGGUCUAUUCCCUGACAUCUCAUUUUUUAAUGUUCUUAUGGAAGCGUUAUGUGGGGAGGACCUUAUUCGUCCUGCAAAGAAGCUUUGGGAUGAAAUGUUUGCUUAUGGGGUUGAUGGAAACUUGAAGACUUACAACAUCCUCAUUAAAAAGUUUGCAGAAAUAGGCCAAAUUGAUGAAGCACAGGUACUCUUUGAUAACAUGCUAAAGAAAGGCGUAAUGCCUGAUGCUGUCAUAUACAUAUUUCUGCUCGAAUGCCUUUGUCAAAACUCGAAAUUUGAAGCUGCGAUUCAGAUUUUCUACAAGGUUGCUGAUCAGGAUAUAACAAUAGCACAAGCUAUUGUAAAUCCACUUAUUCUGUCCCUUUGUAAAGGAGGUUGUUUACUAUAUGCUUCGAAAUUCUUGUGCAGUAAUUGUCACCUGAGACAUAAAGAGUCCCAUGUUAUUUUGUUGAAAUAUCUUGCAGAAGCUCAACAAUUUGAAACUGCUGUCGACCACCUGAAACAGGUUAUGGCUGCUUCACCUUCUCUGCUGCAGGAAAUAUCAACUGAAAUUUUGGCGCUUCUGGCUUGUUCUUCCAAUCCAGAGCCAAUUCUGCAGCUGAUUCAAGAAAUGCAACAUAAUGAAUUCGUUCCCAUGAAUGAUAAAUGGAAAGCCAUCUCUAGGAAAUUGCUAACAUCGGUUUCAGGUUUAAGGCACCCAUUAUAGCCUCCAAGCAGGUAUUCAGAUCCGGAUAUGCAAAUGAUGAUACAAUUAAAUUGGGUCUGGUGCUUCACCUGUGGGAUUCUGAACUGAAUAUUGCACAGUGAUUGCCCUUCUGAUAUGUCAAAUCCAGCAAAUACGCAACAAAGAUUGCAAACUUGCGAGCUAUGAGUGUCAGCCACUUCUCAUCUGACAGGGUCUGCAGUAGUUUAUGACUAGCUGUGUGGGUUCUGUUCAAGCACUUGAAGUUGAAUUUAUAAUAAAACUUGGGAAUUGCAUAGCUCAGCUAGUGAAUCUGAAGAUUAUGUUCCAGGUCUUGAGGUCGUGGAGAUAUCUACAAGCCUACAAUGAAUAAACAUGAGAUAAAUUAUCCGAGCUUGAGGGAUGGUGGCAAUAUAAUGGUGGCCAAUGGUUUAGAUGCAUGCUUGAACUUAUUAUAGGAACUGAGUUAGGACUGCACCUUGAGCGGCUUGCAGUACCAUGAAUAUACAAAGAUGCAAAAGCUGUGUCGUUCCUUAUUUAGGACAAAAGCCACCCCCAUCCCAUCAUUAUUGUAAUUAGAAUUUAUGACUAUUAGCUCACUUGGUAUUAUAGAAAACAGUCAGCCACACUGUUACAAAUCUUACAAUGUUACACAUGAGAAGGUUGUUAGUCUUAUUCAACUCCAUAGAUGAAUAUGACAACCCUCCUCCACCCUUAGCAAGACUUGAACUCAAGACCAACAAAUGUUACUAUACUAAUCUUACCACCUUAGGAUAAUUUAUUUGUUGUGUUAAUUUACCCGACCAAAUUAUAGUUAAUUUGAAUAAGAUGAUUACUCUUUAAUUGUA